ACGGAUGAACAGGUGGAUGGACAAAUGCACCUCUUCAGUGAAGGUGAUUGGAUAAAAUAUGAUAUAUUCAUAUAGCCAUACAAUGGAAUACUGUAGCAAUGAAAGGGAACAAACUACUGAUUCAUGCAACAAAAUGGGCCAUGAUGCUUUGGGAAAUUUUAGUAACCUACAUUAACUCUCCCUGAACAUGUUUCACUCAACCAGGUAACAGAUGGUAGACUGCAGAAGGCUCUCUGCUGCUGCCUCUGCUGCGGCCGUAUGGUCUGUCAUCAGCUGGAGAGGCUGAGAGGGUUUAGAGGAACCGCAGUUCUGAAGACGGAGCCCUGCUAAGUGGUCUCCCGGCCAGACAAAGUGGAGGAGGCUUUCUGCAGGGUUGGAAACUCACACUUAUUACCGCUCCAUCUACCUGGAAGAAGAGGCAGCCCUACAGAGGAAAAGGGGGAGAGAACCACUGUGGUAAAGGCCAGAAGGAAGAUGUGUUGAGAAGUGUCCCAGAGAAACCUCAAGCCACUGAAGAUGGAAAACGAGACAGGAAGUGAACUGAACCAAACUCAGCUUCAGCCGCGAGCUGUGGUGGCCCUCGAAUACCAAGUGGUCACCAUCUUACUUGUGCUCAUUAUUUGUGGUCUGGGCAUCGUGGGCAACAUCAUGGUAGUUCUGGUGGUCAUGAGGACAAAGCACAUGAGGACCCCCACAAACUGCUACCUGGUGAGUCUAGCAGUAGCUGAUCUCAUGGUCCUGGUGGCCGCAGGCCUCCCCAACAUAACGGACAGCAUCUACGGUUCCUGGGUCUAUGGCUACGCUGGAUGCCUCUGCAUUACUUACCUCCAGUACUUGGGCAUUAAUGCAUCCUCUUGUUCAAUCACAGCCUUCACCAUUGAGCGGUACAUAGCGAUCUGUCACCCCAUCAAAGCCCAAUUUCUGUGCACAUUUUCCAGAGCCAAAAAGAUAAUCAUCUUUGUCUGGGCUUUCACAUCCAUUUACUGUAUGCUCUGGUUCUUCCUACUGGAUCUCAAUAUUAGCACCUAUAAAGAUGCUAUUGUAGUGUCCUGUGGCUAUAAGAUCUCCAGGAAUUACUACUCACCUAUUUACCUAAUGGACUUUGGUGUCUUUUAUGUUGUGCCAAUGAUCCUAGCCACUGUCCUCUACGGAUUCAUAGCUAGGAUCCUCUUCUUAAAUCCCAUUCCUUCAGAUCCUAAAGAAAACUCUAACACGUGGAAAAACGACUCGACCCAUCAGAAUAAGAAUUUGAAUUCAAAGACCUCUAAUAGAUAUUUCAACAGCACAGUAUCUUCAAGGAAGCAGGUCACCAAGAUGCUGGCAGUGGUUGUCAUCCUGUUUGCCCUUUUAUGGAUGCCCUACAGAACCCUUGUGGUUGUCAACUCAUUUCUCUCCAGCCCUUUCCAAGAAAAUUGGUUCUUGCUCUUUUGCAGAAUUUGCAUUUAUCUCAACAGUGCCAUCAACCCAGUGAUUUACAAUCUCAUGUCCCAGAAAUUUCGUGCGGCCUUCAGAAAGCUCUGCAACUGUAAGCAGAAGCCAAUGGAGAAACCAGCUAACUACAGCGUGGCCCUAAAUUACAGCGUCAUCAAGGAGUCCGACCAUUUCAGCACAGAGUUGGAUGAUAUCACCGUCACUGACACUUACUUGUCUGCCACAAAGGUGUCUUUUGAUGACACCUGCUUGGCUUCUGAAAUAACCUUCAACCAAAGUUGAUUGAUGGAGUAGAGAAAAUGGAUGAUAAAGAAAAUGAAAAUCUGUGCAGUUAUCAACCCAAGAGAGGAAACAGCCAAUACUCAUAUGUGAUGACAGAGCAGACAAAUUCUUUGCCGAUGUUCUAAUAAAUCCCGGCCCAAGGUACUCUAUCCCAUGAGAAUGAUUCUGUUUCAUUCUCAUAUCAAAAAAUAUACAUCAUAAAAAAAACUGAGCAGAUCUGUGAAAGAUCCAGAUGGUGGAAACUUUCCAUUUGAGACUUUUCACUGUAUAUUCUGGGGCUGUGAAUUUUAGAUAAAAUCAAGGCAUCUACUUACUCUAUUCAACAUAACUUUAUCAAAUGUAUUUUUUCACCCCCUCCAGAUUAUUCAUACAUUUGAGAAUUUGGCAACAUGAAAAAGUUUAAUGUUUUCAUUUAGCAUUUCAUUUUAAUAAUGUACAGUGCUAUCCUUAUGAAUAUCUGAAACUACACUGAAAUAUAGGAAAAAACAUUUUAUUUGUUGAGUAAAAAUGA